AUUAUUAAUCGAGAAAAAAAUUAGUAUUAAUUUUAAAUUAAGAUAAUGAGGUAAAUUUUAGGUAGAAGAAGCGAUAUUUAUUAUAAUUUUUUAGGGCUCUUGAAAGUUAUAACUCUAAUGAUGGUAAUUUAACUGUAAAAUGUAUUAUCAAAAGAACCAAUAGAGGUCUAUGAAAUUCCAAAAACUGAGUUUUAUUUGGAUCAUACUUAAAAAGGACACCAAAAAUUUUAUUAAUUUUAACUAACUUCAGUAUCAAAUUUUUACUUGAUUAGCCUAAAUAAAUAGAAUAUUUAAAGCAGUGAUGAUUCAAAAACCAAUAGCUAGAAUUAAAAUCAAGCAACUAACAACAAUUCUACCAAUUCUGAUAACACAGAAAAUAAUAACGACUAAAAUGAGGAUGUUCCAUCAUGCAGCCUAAAUUUUGAAGGAGGCGAGUUUGAAAUAAUUGAUAAUUUUGAAAUAUACUAAAAUAUAAUUAGCAAUAUGAUGCAGGUUUCUAGAAGCGAUAAUGAGUACUACUACUUUUAUUUAGAUAAUUUACUUUAACUGUAUACUUAUAGAGUAAAUACUAAAAAAGAAACUCUCAAAUAUUUAGGUCACAAAAAAAUAGAGUUUGAAGACUUUAUUCUAAAUUCAACAGAUCCAAGCAAUCCAUAAACAGUAUUUAUUAGCUAUAACCAUAACGCAAACGAUAGUAACAGCAAUUAAGAAGAUGGCGCCUCGCAACCUAAUUAGCGAUUAAGAAGGAACUUAUAAUUAGAUAAUUAGUUUAGUUAAUAGACCUUUAAUACUAUUUAAAGUAGGAGUUUCAUGGAAUAAAGCAAGAAAGAAGAAUAUAUUAUCGAAUAAACGAAAAGAAAAUUAUCUGAAGAUAAAGAAGAAGAAAAAUUUUAAUAAAUUAAGUUAUUGAAAUUGCUUAAUUGGAAAGAUUAAAUUAUAUGCGUAGUCAAUUAAUCAAUAUAUAUAAUUUAUUAAGAUAAGGCAUAGAGAAUAUAUAAGUUCGAUACUAUUAUUGAUAUAGACAUUUUGGAGGAUCUCCUGUUUGUAGCUUCAGGCACUGGAGGAUUAAAAGUAUUUGAAAUACAAUAAAAUGUAGCUGGAUCAUCACAAGGAAGAGAUAUCUACCUUAAAAAGAUUGCAAGUAUCAAAUGGUAAGAUUAAUAUGUCAGAAAAGUUCUUAUUUAUAAUAAUAGAAUCUACUUUGUUAACAAGGAUUCUAUUUACAUUUACACUCUACAAGGUAAGACUAUAAAUUUUGGCUGUUUAAUUAGCGAAAAUGAAAUACCAGAAAAUCUGAGUAUAGGCUCGCUACAAGCUUAGGACAAUACACUUAUAGCUUUAACAUAUCCUAAAGUAAAUGACUUAAAAAAUGUAACAAGAAGUUAAAAUUAUAAAGGAUAUGUUGAAUUUUUACUGAAUAGAGAAAUUUUAGGAGGAGGUAGUUCAAACGGAGCGAAUCAAGGAAACUUUUAUGAGAGCCAAGGGUAGUGCUAUUACAAAAUUAAACAAGAAAAUGAUCUUCCAAAUAUAGUUAAAGGAGUUCAAAUAAUAAACAAUUACAUACUUUUUGGCUUAGAAAAUGGGAUGAGUGGAGUCUAAUUAGGAGUUACAAAGAGUCUUUUAUAAGACAUUUAAAAAGGAAAAUGGAUUAAUAACUUUAUCCCUAACGCCUCUAAUUUUAAAGUUAUAGAAGGAACUUAAUAUUUGAUUGCAGCCAGUGCAACUAGACUAUCUUUAUACUAAUUUUAAGACUACGAUGUUAAUAUAGCAUGCAAACAUGAUUAAAUCCUUAAAAAUGGGAGCUUAGUAAAUUAUAUAGACAAUAAAUAAAUAAAUGCAGAUCACUUAGAAUAUAUAGUAUAUUAUUUGACAAACAAUUGCAUACAAGAGUUGAGCAAAUAAAACGGAGUGAUUACAAAACAGAACACUGAUAUCAAUGCAAUUAAAUCUUAUUUUGGGUACACUUCUCAUAAUUAAAAUAUCGAAGUGUAUUUCUAUAAGUAGACUGACAAUUCUACUUGUGUAAUAAAGUAAAAUGUCCUUAUUAAAUAACUCUAACAAAGCACAAGUAGUGGCCAUGGUUUCUUCUUUGGGAUGGUUUCCUCCUUUGUAGUUUGUUCAAUUAUUCUUUUAUUGGUCUAUAUUCUUUAUAAAAGAAAAUAGCAGAUUCAAAAAAAAGAUUUAUGCAAAACACCUCUCAAAAAAAAUAGAUAGUCAAAGUUACCUUCUUAAAAACACUAAGAUGAUUAAAGCUCAAUUAACAAAAUUGUAUCCAAAAAAUCUACUGAGAAAGAUGUUUCAAGUAAAAAAGAUAAUCCUAAUAAUUAAAGCUCUGCAUCUAUAUUAACUUAUAAUAAGAAUGGUAAGAAUACAUCAGCUGUUUUCGAAGAUGAUAAUAAUAGUAAUAACCAUCAUAAUUAAUCAAACCAUGAGCACUUUUAUUAGUAAAAUGGACAAUAAAAAGCGAACAAGGAAGAGCUUGUCGACCAAGAUUAAUAAAACUUACAAUAAUAACAAAAGCUACUUGACUAGUAAAUUCAAUAAAUGCUAUUGAUAAGUUAAUAAUAAUAGUAGCAGUAUAUCUAACAAAUCAUAUAAAACCCAUAAUUUUAGUAACUAAGUAAAUAUGAAUAAGACAGGUUCUUGCAGCAUCAGUACUAACAACAUUUAGAGUAUCAGAGAUAAAUAAGACUCUAACAGAUUAAAUAACAUUAAUAAUUGAAUUAAUAAUUACAAAAUUAAUAGAAAGGUGGAAGAAACAAGCUAAUUUCUCCACUCCAAAGAAAGUAUGGUGGUAAUGUUGAUCCAAUAUUGGAAACAGAUAGUGAUAAAAAGAUGUCUACUCGUAGAGACUAAGAAGCUUUCUAUAGAAUGAAGAAGAGAAACAACCAUUAUGAAGAAAAUCUAAUGAGAUCUUAUAAAAAGAAUAUAAACGUUAUUAAUGAUCUUAAUUUGAACAUUUAAUUAGAGGAAAAUGUGUAACCACCUAGCCACAAUGUGUUCUCACCAUAAAAUUUCUAGAAUGUAUAAAUUGAAUUAGAUGAUGAUAAGGCUGAUCCUGAAUAGUAGUUAACUGCAAACAUGAAAAAUAGUAACAACUUUGGUGAACAUUUGGAUGAUUAAGGUUAAAAUGAUUACACAAUUUAAACAGAAAAUCAAUAAAUUUAAAAUCCAAAGAUACCAUUUAUGACUCUUCAGUCAAUACAAAACUCUUUAAAGCAAAACUAGUAAAAAAAUAACACACCUAAGAAAAAAACAAAAAUGAGUAACAAUAACUAAUAUGAAUAGUAUGAAGAUGAUAGCGAUUAAGAUGAAGAAUCAGAUCAUGUUCAAUAAAAUGAAGAAGAGCCAUCUUAAAUUGAUUAAUAUGCUAUUAAUCAAUAAAUUUAACAUGUAGAUGAAAAUGUGCAUGAGGAAAAAGGUAAAAUGAGUGCUGAAUCUGAAAUAAAAACAAGCGAAUCUCAAACAAUUAGUGAUAAAAUGACAAGAAGUAAUAACGAAACAACUUCAACUGCUUCGAACAGAUAAUUAAAUGUGCAUUCAAAUAAAAAUUAUUAAUAAAAGUAAUAUAAAUAAAAAGAAAAGGAAGUAGAUGAUGAAAACGAAGAUGAAAAUUAUCAUAAUUCUUUGAAUGAAGAUGAUAACCAAUAAGAUAAUAUUCACCUUAAUAAAAAUAUGGAAGGAAGUGAAUCUAUCAAUUGA